AUGGCGGAGAGCAUUGCUAUCUUCUAUGUCAAGCAAUUUGCAAUGACUAUGGUAAAAGUGUUUGGUCCACAGUACUUGAGAGCACCCAAUGCUCAGGACACUCAGAGGCUUUUGGAGAUGAACAAAACUCGAGGGUUUCUAGGUAUGCUCAGGUAUGUGGAUUGCAUGCAUUGGAAAUGGAGGAACUGCCCAAAGCAUGGCAUGGACAAUUCAAGGGUCGUGGGAAGGAUGACUAUCAUUCUUGAGGCAUUUGCCGAUCAUGAAACAUGGACUUGGCAUGCAUAUUUUGGGAUGCCUGGAUCUUGCAAUGACAUCAACGUGCUCGACCGGUCACCUCUGUUUGCCAAGUUAGCAAAUGAAGAAGCACCACCAGUGACCUUCGAAGCAAAUGGCCGCACAUACAGUAUGGGUACUAUCUUGCAGAUGGGAUCUACCCAAGGUGGAGUACAUUUGUCAAGCCGGUUGCAAAACCCGAAGUAUGUGCGGCUGUACAGUGGCUGA